AUGAAUCACCAUUCGCCCCCCUCGCCAUCUUUUGGCGAGCGCAGAGGUCGCCCGCUGGCGCCAUUGCAGACCAAUUUCAGUCGGCCCACGGCUAGCCACUCGACAUCGGCCACUGCGCGCAAUCAGCGUCCACGGCCUGCCGACUAUAUCAGUUCAAUCGCAUCCGAGGACCCGGUCCCGCUCCAAGGCCUGGUGAAGCGACAAUCGUCCAAGUCCAGCUUGCGCCAUCUCUUCGCUCGAGAGCGCCCGCCCCGCGCGACGGUGGCGGAGUCGAAUGCGAAGCUGGUCGGGAUCGACGAAAAUCAGUUGCCAGCCCACUCAGAUGCUCCGAGUCAGACUGGUCCCAUGGCGGCAACAAUGGCGGAUGGUCCAGUCUCGCCAUCAUUGACCAGUCCUCUUAUGACCAUGCCCACUCCCGCCGUGACCUCUCCCACCACCCCGCGACCUCGCUCCACAUUGAAAUCGAUCAAAACCAAACCGGCCCCGGUCGAGUCAGCCCCGCCUCUGCAGGAGCAGUAUGGAUGGAAACCCCCACCAUUGUUCCAGGCAUACCCGCAGGCAUACAAGCAUGACUGUCUCUCGACGCCAUCCAUGUCUGCGGACGCAAUCCUUCGCCUCCAUGCGACAAUGGGACCCACGAGCGCCGACGCAACACCGGACGACGGGGUUGCUGACCCGGGUCGCAAAAAGAAGGAACAAAAGGAACGUAAGCACCUCCGAACCCUAUCAGGCGCAAUGAACAAGGUCGAAUGGGCCGACAAGAUCUACGUGCUCGUGACGGCGGGGUAUAUUCUCCAAUAUGCGGGCGAGGGAAAGAACGACCGAUUACCGGAAAAGAUGUUGCAGCUGGGGCCUCAGUCCGUGGCCUUUGCGAGCGAUGCGAUACCGGGAAGGCACUGGGUGCUGCAAGUCUCCCAGAGCUCUGCAUCGGGGGGCAGUUCAUCAGCGCCCCGAGGCCCCCGGACAAGCCGUUUUUCUCGCUUUGGGUUCAACCGCUCGAACGCACGACGUCUGGCUCGCAGCUUUCUUCUUGUUUUUGACAACCCCGAUUCCAUGAUUUCGUGGCUCAUGGCGGUCCGCCAAGAGAUCGAAGUCCGCGGGGGGCCACGGCUGACGGAGGAGAAACACUCCGACAACGAUGACGACCAGCUGCCUCGACUUCGUAACAAAUCCAGUACGCGGAGCAUCGUUAAAAGAGAUCCGCAUCGCAUCUCCAGUCUAUUCUUGCAAUCGCAGAGCCUUGCUUCGCCUGAGGAGGAAGAUGGCCGAUCUGUUUGGGGGGCGGCAUGGCAGUCUCGACGAAGCUCGUACGUGUCAACGAAACGCCAGUCUUUGAUCGGCUCGCGACGUGGUUCGGAGUCUACUGGCUGGGCAGAGACCUCUAACAAUGGUUCGGCCACGCAAUCGUCCUCGUGCGCCUCAGCCGCCCCUCCAGGCGCGCUUCCUCGGGAUAUCUCCCACCCGGCCGCUGGCGGUCGUGGCACCGACAUUCAAUCCACCCUCUCACUGAGUUCAUCCACCCCGCAUCCCGGGCCGCUUGCGAACCGUCAAUCAUACUUCUCUGUCCUUCCAGCACAAACAUUCCCCGCCGCGGUCGUCCCUGAGGCGAUAAGCUUCAAUACGACUCCCCCUAUCGUGUCGGAUUCACUGGCACGUUGUGCCUCACCACCUGCGCCCAACUUCAGCGUCCCCUCCUUUAGCAAGAAGUUUGUGUCUCGACCAGGGCCACCUCCUACAAUCGCGCCGCCUGCGCCUACCUCGAGCGUUCUCCGACGAGGUGAACGGGUCGGAGACUUGAAUCAUUCCGGCAUCCCCUCGCCCCCUCAAUCACCCACUUAUAGCGUGAUCAGCUCGAGACCGAGCGAAUCUCCACGUUCCACAAUGACCAAUCAAGAGCCACGCGAUCGACGCACGCUUCGCCCUUCCAACUCCGAGGACACACUUCCACGAGCCGUCCGUUCCCCGCCGGAUUCGGCUCGUCUUUCACGGCUCCCGCAUGGCAACCCAUCGGAAUCCGGCUCCCCUUCAUCUCGGCCUCGAAGCUUGGUCGGCCAGUCUGGACUGGGUAUCCACAUGGCUGGGCCAGUGUCUGCGCUGAUGAAGAUGCCUACCGUAGAGUCCGUGUCACUGUCCUGCCAGCGAGCGUUGGCUACCAAUGCCGAUCAGACCAGCCUGCCCAUGCCGCGGCGCAAAAGUAUGCCAGGACUAUCAGCUGGACCUCCGAUGGUGCCUCCCCCAAAUUGUCCUCUUCCCAAGAUCCCGGCCGCCACGGUUGCUCAUGGGGGCCCCACUGGGCAGUGGUCCCGACCGAACGAGCGGCCCCGUUCAAGAUCUCCUGCCAAGCGGUCCUUCUCGCAAGCUUCGGCCACUGCUCGGCGCUGA